AUGGCCUGUGGAGCAGGGCAGAGGCCCCUCGGCAGCCGCUGGACGUCUGGCCUGCCAUUCCGGUUUCUGGGCACCUCCUCUCCACAGAGUCCAGUGGAUGCCAGUUUCCACUCUGCCUCCUUCUCUGGAGCAGACCGUCCGCAGGUCUUGAUUACAGGGGGUCUUGGCCAGUUGGGAGUGGGGCUUGCCAGCCUUUUGAGGAAACGAUUUGGGAAGGACAAUGUGAUUUUGUCAGACAUAAGGAAACCCCCUGACCAUGUCUUCUAUAGUGGCCCCUUCUUGUAUGCCGACGUUUUGGAUUACAAGCGUCUCCGCGAGAUCGUGGUGAACAACCGCGUCACCUGGCUGUUUCAUUACAGCGCUUUGCUCAGCGCAGCUGGAGAAGCCAACGUGCCCUUGGCGAGAGCCGUGAACGUCACUGGACUGCACAACGUCCUGGACGUCGCGGCCGAGUACCACCUGCGCUUGUUCGUGCCCAGCACCAUCGGGGCGUUUGGACCUACCUCUCCCCGGAACCCAGCCCCCGACCUCUGCACCCAGAGGCCCAGGACCAUCUACGGGGUGUCCAAGGUCUACACGGAGCUCAUGGGAGAAUAUUAUUAUUACCGGUAUGGGUUAGAUUUCCGCUGCCUGAGGUACCCUGGAAUCAUAUCCGCCGACUCACAGCCUGGCGGGGGAACAACUGACUAUGCUGUCCAGAUUUUCCAUGAUGCCAUAAGGAGCGGCAAAUUUGAGUGCAACCUGAAGGCCAGCGCCAGGCUUCCAAUGAUGUACAUCCAGGACUGCCUCAGGGCCACUCUGGAAGUCAUGGAUGCACCCGCAGAGUCCCUCUCCAUGAGGACCUACAACAUCAACGCCAUGAGCUUCAGCCCCGAGGAGCUGGCCCGGGAGGUCCUCAAGCACCUGCCGGAGUUCCAGAUCUCCUACAGCGUGGAUCCUGUGCUACAGGCCAUAGCGGAUAGCUGGCCCAUGACCUUGGACGACAGCAGUGCCCGGAAGGACUGGGGCUGGAAGCACGACUUUGAUCUUCCAGAGUUGGUGACCGCGAUGCUGAACUUCCAUGGUUCUGACACCAGGGUUGCCCAGGCCAACUGAAGGCUCAGAGGAGGAGCCUGUGCCCUGGACGACCUGGGGAGGACGGACGGGACCCCGGGGAACCUGCGCUCUUUAGAGUCGAGGGUGGAUGGACUACAUACACUUCAGCAGCUCACUUGAACUACCUGGUGGAGGAUGGCAUUAGUCUAAGCACUUCCAAAACAUUGUAGGUUGGGAGGGAGGACGUCUCAGCCUUCGCUGUAUGC